AUGGCCGACGCCGCCGUUGAGAGCCCGGCCAACCAGGUGGCACCUCACAAGAAGCAGCUUGCCUCAUCCAUACCUUUUGUCGACUCGCUGGAGGGCGUCGCAUCUGAGAGCAAUGACCAAUACUCGACCUUCAAGAAGCUGCAGAGACAACUUGAGUACAUUCACUUGCAGGAGGAGUACAUCAAGGAUGAGCAGAGGAGUCUGAAGAGGGAGCUUGUCCGCGCGCAGGAGGAGAUCAAGCGUAUCCAGAGCGUACCGCUUGUCAUCGGUCAGUUUAUGGAGGCCAUAGACCAGAACACCGGUAUUGUCCAGUCCUCAACUGGCUCCAACUACGUCGUCCGGAUUCUAUCCACGCUCGACCGCGAACUCCUCAAACCCUCGUCCUCCGUUGCCCUUCACAGACACUCGAAUGCCUUGGUAGACAUUCUGCCACCGGAGGCCGACUCGUCGAUUGCUAUGCUGGGUGCGGACGAGAAGCCCGACGUGACGUACGCCGAUGUUGGUGGUCUGGACAUGCAGAAGCAGGAGAUCCGCGAGGCCGUGGAGCUUCCCCUGACACACUUCGAUCUCUACAAGCAAAUUGGUAUCGACCCCCCGCGUGGUGUCCUCCUCUACGGGCCUCCGGGAACUGGCAAGACUAUGCUGGUCAAGGCUGUUGCCAACAGCACCACCGCAUCCUUCAUCCGUGUCGUUGGCUCGGAGUUCGUUCAGAAGUAUCUCGGUGAAGGUCCGCGUAUGGUCCGUGACGUCUUCCGCAUGGCUCGCGAAAACUCUCCCUCGAUCAUCUUCAUUGACGAAAUCGACGCCAUUGCCACAAAGCGUUUCGACGCCCAGACUGGUGCGGACCGAGAGGUGCAGCGUAUUCUUCUGGAGCUGCUCAACCAGAUGGACGGUUUCGACCAAACCAGCAACGUGAAGGUCAUCAUGGCUACCAACCGUGCGGAUACCCUGGAUCCGGCUCUGCUCCGUCCCGGACGUCUCGACCGCAAGAUUGAGUUCCCCUCGCUUCGUGACCGUCGUGAGAGGCGUCUCAUUUUCAGCACCAUAGCCUCGAAGAUGAGUCUGUCGCCCGAGGUCGACCUCGACUCCCUUAUCGUCCGCAAUGAUCCGCUCUCGGGUGCCAUCAUUGCUGCGAUCAUGCAGGAGGCUGGUCUGCGUGCCGUGAGAAAGAACAGGUACCACAUCAUCCAGUCCGACUUGGAAGACGCAUAUUCCUCCCAGGUCAAGGGACAGGGCAACGAGAGCGACAAGUUUGACUUCUACAAAUGA